ACUUGAUGGAAAAUAGUGAAAUGACUGAAGAGGAUAUUAAAAGAAAGAGAUCCUCAAGAGUCAGAACUCAUGGACUGAAGUUCCCAUGGCAUCCUUUUCAAAUUGGAGCAUGGAUUUUUUACCUUGCAAACUUCUUCAGCUAUUACUUGGCUGUCAUGAUCUCUUUUAAGCAUAAUACAGGAGUUUUUGUUGUUUUUACAAUAAUUUUCACAGUCCUGAUCCUUGUAGUCUUUAUUUUGGCGAUUAUUUCAACUUUGAUCGACCCAACAGACGAGGUUGUCAAGAGAGGUAUAAAAGAACCUUCCCCAGAAUAUGCUUUUUAUUGAAAAAUUUGUGAAAGUAAUGUGUCUAACAACUCAAAACAUUGAGGUCAAUGAAAUAGGUGAGUUGCUAACUUUGAUCAUCAUUGAAAAUGGCUAAACAAUUGAGUAGGAGAUGUGAACUACAAACUCUUCAUUUACCUCUGAAUAUCUAUCCUGAUAUUCCAAUCCUGCUACCUAAUCAUCUUGCUCUACUCAGUUAUCGAGUUCUUUACAAAUAGGAGUCAGUACGAGAAUUCCAUAGGUGAUAUCUAUGGAAAAUCAGAUGCUGGUGGAUUUUUAGCUGCAACUAUUGCCCUAUUCUGCCUCAAUUUACUUCCCUUGCUUGCGAUCGUAAACUUACUUUCCUUGCAUGCUUGGCUCAAGAAGAAGGGACUCUCGACUUAUGAAUACAUAGUAGAGAAGAGAGAAAGGCAACAGCAGAUGAAAGAGAAAAUGAAUGAAGUAAGACUCCAUCUUGGCUCUGAAGAGCAAAAGGAAAGCAAAGAUCAUCUUAACAGUUCCAGGUCUGAAGACCCUCAUGAGAGAGAGUUUAAGAAGAAUCAGUCUGACACGAAGACCAAAGGAAGUAUACUAGAAUUUAAUGAUGAGGUAUCUAAAGGAUCCCUCCUGGUCAGUAAAAAUAGACAACAUAAUAUUGAUAUGAAAGACGAGUAUUUGGAAAGUAAUGAAGAAGCCAAAAAUAGCCUCUCCCCUGAAGCAGAGCAGGAGAUGGGCUUUAGAAUUACCGCUUCUUCAAAUUGGAAGCAGAAGGAUGUUAAUACUUAUUCUUCUGAGGCUGUGCUUAAAGGUGCUGAUGAGCCUCAAAAUAUUCAAAAUGAAUUUUAUCAUAACACUAAAGUCUAUGAUGAAAAUAAUUCUAGCACUAGCAUUAAGAAUCAAAACAAUAGAGCCAAGGUCACAGAUCUUCAUAUUAUCGAAGAUGUGAGUGAGUCUAAGGAGAUAUCUCAGAGAGCAUUUGAGUCCUUCUCUCAUAACUAAAAAGGUAUGCUCUC